AGAACUGAUUGUGGAAGAGAGAGAGAGAGCGAAAGAGAGCCAGAGAGAGGAAGAAGACCUGCGUUUUGGAGGAAGACCUCCAUCCAUCUGGGUUUGUUUUGAGAUCGAUCUCAAUUAUUUAGGGAUUGCUGAUAGGUUUUCCAUUCGAUCGAGAGCACCUGAUUUUAUGCAAAAAAGUAUUAGUGCCGUUUAUCUGCUGCUGUUCCAUUGUCUGUUAGUUAGUAUUAUCUUGGUUUCCCAUUGUCAUUCAGAUUUUGGAACCAGUUUGCAGUCAGAUUCCUUGAAUCUUUUGGAUCCAGUGAUGGCUUCAAACAUCGCAAAAACAAAAGGCAAAAGAUAUUUGCAAGUUGAUCAUACGGAACAUCAUAAUAAUCAAGAAAUGGGUCGUCGCAUCAAAUCAAAAAGAUGGAUGCAAGUAUGUGAACCGAUGAUGAUAGAAGCAGAUCACGUUCGACAAAUCAACAAUCGAGUGAAUGUAGACGCCAGUAGCAUAAAUAGACUCCGACAAGAGGAGGUUGCAGAGAUCAGCAAUGAAAAUGUCAACAUAUUGCACCGUUGUGACAAACGAAUUAGAAGCAACCAACUUAGUGCAACUUUGCUUGCGGAUCAGAGAUUGUAUGCUGACAGAAAUUCAAAUGCUAGCAGUACAGCUACAAUCGAAAAUCAUGAUGGUGAACAAGAAAUGCAGCAGAUGUCAAGUGAUGAAAAUUUCAGCACUGUUUUUGAUCUAGAUAGGGAUGAUCAAAUCAAAUCAAGAACAUCAAAAAGAAGGAAACAAGUAUCUCGAUCAGCAAUGGUGACAGAGAAUCAAGUUGCAGAAACCAUUAAUCAAAACGUUAGCAUAUUGGAAAACCAUGACAGGCUGGAGGUUGCCCAGAUUAUAGAUUUGGGGAACAGUUUGCAGUUAGAUUCGUUAACUGUUAUUGAUCCAGGUUUUGCUUAUCACUGGUGGAGAUCAGUUUUUCUGUUAACAGUCGGUGCUUUUUUUACAAUCAGAUGCAGGCUGAUUUAUCAUUUGCGGAUGAAGCAUGACCAGCGUUUCACAGUUUACCAAUAGAGCAGCGCAGAGCCAUCAAACUCUUAGAUAGAAUUUUAGCCUUUUCGGACAUCCAUCACUAUUUCAUAGGAUAUUCUUCUUUUCUGCUGGUGGAGCUACAGGUGAUGUCACAGCUCUACAGGUGAUGUAACAGCUCUACAGGUGAUGUAACAGCUCUACAGAUUAACAUUCACUUCAAGAUGUUUCCAUUUGAACAGGCUCUGAUACUGUUACUAGAUUUACUGCCCUUCGUCUGUCAACCAUCUAGACAAUUUUACCUCCUUUGUAGGUAAUUCAAACUUGGAACUGUCCAUGGGGUCAAAGCUUUGAAGUUAGUUUCGAUAUUAUAAUCUUAGGAAAAAAAAAAACUCGAUAUAAAUAGUUGAAACACCUAUCAAUCGCAUUGCUCAUGGUCAACGCACAGAAGCAUUAGUUUUGUAUGGAAGUAAAUAAUUUGCUACUCUGGGCCAAAACAAGAUUUCACUAUCAAGCACAGGAAACAGUUUCUACUUUCUAAAUCCUGAAAUUCCAGAAGGAUAUCGAGCGGCGUCUCUGUAAAGGCAUUCCUAGCUUUCCCAAGCGAUGAAGUCGUGUAACAGCCCGUCACAACCAACAUUAGCUGCAGAAGAAUCACCUUGAAGGACCUAUGUGAACAUUUUGUUUGAACUACAAAUGUAGCUAUUUUUGUUGACACUAACCAGUUUCGUAUAGCGAAACAGCUUUGGUUAGGAGAUCAAUUUCGUAACCAGAUUAAGAUACCAUAUUCUACGGUA